GGGUGGGUAAGGUACUGUACCUAGUAAGUAGUAACCUUAGCUAACGGAAAGAGAAAGAGGCCUUUGCUCCUCGCUCGACAAACGUUUCUAAUCUCCAACCCCGCCAUGUUGCCCUGGACCUUCUUCUCUCUUAUCUCACCCUUUUUCUCUCCUUCUUCUUUCUCUGUCACUCUUCUUGAUUUUAUCUGGUGUCGAUGGUGUGUUAUGAUUGAACCAGCAGGGAGUCAGGUCGCAAGCAGUUGUCCCCUCUAGCAGUAUUAUACCUACUGUGCCGAGCUUUUCCUCUCCAAUUUGCACAUGAUAGUCCGCCUUUCACGGUCGCCACUAGUCUCCUGUCGCUCCAGUUUCACUUGGAUUUUCUCAACUGUUCAAGCUUAAUCAGGGUAUUUGGGAGAAGAUGAGUGAAGAUUCAUCGCCGGCGACCGCGUCAAGCACCGCCGUCGACUUGGGAAACCAUAACCACCCUUCCAAUUCCAAUGGAACGGUUCAGAACGGGGGCGAGUCCCCGCCCGAUGAAGCUUCCCCGGCACCGACCGGAUCAAGGCGCAGUAAAUAUCGUCAUGUUGCGGCCUACCACUCUGAGAUACGGCAUUCGUGUCUGACCCGGGAUUCCAAUAUAGCCACGAGCUUUCUGGGGUUCCGGAAUCUGAUGGUCAUCGUCCUGGUGGCGAUGAACCUCCGAUUGAUCAUUGAAAAUUUUAUGAAGUACGGAGUGCUUAUCUGCAUCAAAUGCCACGACUACCGGAAACAAGACGUCGUGCUGGGGUCGAUGCUCUUCGCGCUUAUUCCUUGUCAGCUCUUCGUUGCCUACGUCCUGGAGCGAGCGGCGGCGGGGUUGGCCAAACAGACGGUUGGUCGGAGUAAGAAAGACGGCCAGACGGGGCAGGGUGAACGGGACCAGCAGUUCAGGAUCUUCCGGACCAUCUGGCGGUUUGCGCUCCCUUUACAUAUCCUGAAUGAUGUCGUCAAUCUGGCUGUGACGAGCUUCGUGGUCUACUACUACAUCCAUCACCCAGGCAUCGGCACGCUCUGUGAGGUCCAUGCGAUCAUCGUAGCCAUGAAGAACUGGUCCUACGCUUUCACCAACCGUGACCUACGCGAGGCGAUGCUGAAGCCGUCCGUCGAAUCGAACCUUCCGGAGAUUUACUCUUCCUGUUCGUAUCCGAACAACAUCACGCUAGGCAAUCUAGCUUACUUCUGGUUUGCCCCGACCCUGGUAUACCAGCCCGUCUAUCCCCGGACGGAGCGCAUCCGAUGGUCGUUCGUGGGGAAGCGCAUGUUUGAGUUCUUCAGCUUGCUCGUUUUCAUCUGGCUCCUCUCGGCGCAGUAUGCGGCCCCGGUUCUGCGCAACUCGAUCGACAAAAUCGCUACCCUGGACAUCGCGUCCAUUAUGGAGCGGGUGAUGAAGCUGUCCACCAUCUCCCUCAUCAUCUGGCUUGCCGGGUUCUUCGCCCUCUUCCAGGCUUUGCUGAACGCCUUGGCGGAGGUGAUGCGGUUUGGCGAUCGCGAAUUCUACACGGACUGGUGGAACAGCUCCAGUCUGGGGAUGUACUGGCGGUCCUGGAAUCGGCCUGUGUAUCUCUUCAUGAAGCGCCAUGUCUAUUCACCCAUGAUUGGACGGGGCUGGAGUCCUCUGGCGGCCAGCUCUGCGGUCUUUACCAUUUCCGCCAUUCUGCACGAGCUGCUGGUGGGCAUUCCCACUCAUAAUCUCAUCGGUAUGGGUCCUCGUCUGUAUUCCCCGCGUAUCGACUUGUGUCGUGCUAACUGGCCGUUAGGUGUUGCGCUCGUGGGGAUGCUAUUCCAGUUGCCCCUGAUUGCGAUGACGGCACCAAUGGAGAAGAAGCAAGGUCCUGCCGGUAGGGCCAUGGGGAACUCCAUCUUCUGGAUCAGCUUCUGUCUGGUGGGCCAACCAUUGGGAGCCUUGCUGUACUUCUUCGCAUGGCAAGCUAAGUAUGGCAGUGUGAGCCGAAUGUGAGCCAGAAGAAUGUAGGAGAAAUAAGGGGUCUAGUGUAAUCAGCCGGCGUGUUUUUUCUGCCAAAUCCUCCGGAUCGGCCGCAGAGAAGCAAGUCUAAGCUUCGCUAGAAUUGGUAAUCGAAUGUUCCUUGACAGCCUGUGAUAACACAACACGUAUGCGCCUUCUGGCUGAUUGUGUAUAAGCAGGAUGAUCUGAACCAAAGAGCCACUAUGCAUCUGGUGUUU